CGCGGAGGCGCAGCCGCGGCCUCCAAUUUUCGGACUCCGGUGCUCUCUCCCCCUUUGCGUCGGAUUCAAGUAAGGCCUGAGUUCGGUGCCCUAUAUCCCUCAUCCUCUAGUGCGAUUCGAUUGGGUUGGCUUCGAAUUUGUCGAUCGAUCGAGAAUGUCGAGCCUUGAGCAGCCACUUGGUCUUGGGGACCUGCCAAAGUUGAGUAUUAACAGACUUGAAAGGUUCUCUCCAAGUGCCUGCAGAGCAAGCGCUGAUGAUUGCAGCCCUAGCAAUUACAAGCAUUGCAAUGGUGGAAAUGACCAGACGAUCUUUCACGGUAGUUCUUCAUGGCAUAUGCAAGGACACUACACCAAUUCAUCAUGCAAUGGAGUGGAUAUGGAGUUCAGAGCUCUUCCACGGAAGGUUUUAUGGGACCUUCCAAGGUUUGUAAAGAUAGUUGAAGUUGGACCACGUGAUGGUCUGCAAAAUGAGAAGAAUACUGUACCAACAUCUGUAAAGAUUGAACUGAUACACAAAUUGGUGGCGUCUGGUCUAUCAGUAAUUGAAGCCACAAGUUUUGUUUCCCCAAAAUGGGUGCCACAGCUAGCAGAUGCAAAGGAUGUGGUUGAAGGGAUUAGGCAUGUACCAGAUGUGCGCUUUCCAGUGUUAACUCCUAACCUCAGAGGAUUUGAGGCUGCUGUUGCAGCUGGUGCAAAAGAAGUUGCAGUUUUCGCAUCUGCCUCUGAAUCCUUUUCUAAGUCAAACCUUAAUUGUACCAUCAAGGAAAGCCUUGUUCGGUACCGUGAUGUUAUAACUUCUGCCAAGAAACAUGGAAUAGGUCUCCGUGGGUAUGUUUCAUGUGUGGUUGGCUGCCCUGUUGAAGGCACAAUUCAUCCAUCAAAGGUAGCAUAUGUAGCCAAGGAGCUCUAUGAUAUGGGUUGCUCGGAGAUUUCACUUGGGGACACAAUUGGAGUUGGCACACCAGGUAGUGUACUUGCUAUGCUUGAAGCUGUCAUGUCUUUUGUCCCGGUGGACAAGCUCGCCGUUCAUUUCCAUGAUACAUAUGGCCAAGCCCUUGCCAACAUAAUGGUCUCUCUCCAAAUGGGUAUCAACAUAGUGGACUCAUCAGUGUCAGGACUUGGAGGAUGCCCAUACGCAAAUGGCGCCACUGGCAACGUCGCGACAGAGGACGUGGUGUACAUGCUCCACGGCCUGGGGAUAGAGACCAAUGUUGAUCUCAACAAGCUCAUGGAUGCUGGAGAUUACAUCUCCAAGCAUCUGGGAAGGCCAUCAGGUUCCAAGACCACCACUGCUCUCCGCAAGCUAACGACCUAAGUCCCUGACAAAUAUAUUAGGGACUCAGAAAAGAAUAUCAAGGACACAUCAGUUUGUUUUUACAGAAGUGCUGUGAUUGUAAUUUGUAGUUGUAAACCGUCUCAAUUUAGUCCCUACACGGCCAAAAAUAAAGAGAAACCAUCUACGUAUAACCAUUUCUGUAUCAUUUCUUGGAUCGUAUAAUCAGUGCUCUUCGUACAGAAA